GUUGCACUUUCUCCCAUCGUCUCAGAUACAAUUCUCCAAGAGGCUCUGGGAAUCUUUGGUAGGAGGACCCUACAUUUACCCCUUACCCUGAACCUCGUCCCUGCCCGAAAUUGCCUCGAAAUUGUGAAUUCCUCCGCCCGCUCGAUUUUUAUACUCGACCUUCCCCGCCAUGUCGUCCAAUCAUGCCUCGCUCGAUGCGGCGGCGACAGAACGCAAAGCACGUCUCGCAAAGCUCGCCGCGCUGAAACGGAAACAACCCGAGCCCGAAACAGAGCCAUCGGCGGAAACUCCUGCCGCCGGUGACGAAAUAGAAGAUGCCACUCCCGAUGUAACAAAGCAAUACCUAUCCGGCAGGAACUACGAUGCAGAGACUCGGGGCCCGAAGCUGGGCUUCGACAUGGCCCCCAUUGAUGGGCAGAUCACCGUGGAAACGCAGGCUGCCGAAAUCGCAAAGGCCACUGCAGAGCAAGCCAAGAAGAACGAAGAGGGGGAUCAGCCGAUCGACCUUUUCAAGCUGCAGCCGAAGAAGCCGAAUUGGGAUCUGAAGCGGGACCUAGAUGAGAAGAUGAACGUCCUCAACGUGAGGACACAGAAUGCGGUUGCGAAACUCGUUCGCCAACGGAUAGAGGAUGCGCAGCGCGCAGCUCAGGCCCACGGGGCGGGACCGAAUGGAGAUCAGCCGGGAGAGGAAGUGGGCAUUGAGGGUGAUCUGUUGGUCCAGGGCAUCCAUGUCCGCGAGAGGGAAGAGGAGGAGGCACGAAAAGGAUUGGAGGACGAUGAGACGGCAUGAUUUUGAUACCCUAGGAAGACAUGGAUGGGAGCAGUCGCGAGUCGGUCUCAUCUCUUUGCAUCUUGCUUUUCAGGCGCUCACCGUCGAGGAUUUGGGACAGUGUCGCAAGGCGUUGAGGAUAUUUGCAUACGGAUCACUUGGAAUAUUACUUUCAAUGCAUUAGCCUGCUGUAUGGUCUUACUAUAGUACAGUCCCCGUUUCUAAGCCUUGGGGAAUCAGCCUGCGGUGAUGAGCCUCGAAAGAGGAAAAC